AUGUCAGAUCUUUCUGACGAGGACAUGUUUGAAGAUUCUCAAGAAUCUGAGCUGGAAGGCGAUGACGAUAUCGAGGAUGAAUAUGUAGACGAGGAUGAAGUAGAUUUAAACUUUUCAGAAGUAGUACCGGAAAAAGAACGCAAAAAAAGUUAUCAGGUUGAAUUUAAGGUUCAUUCUAUUGAAAACAUUGUUAAAAACCAGGAAGAUGAAAUUUCUCAUGUAUCCAAUAUUCUUGGUAUUCAAAAACAACAUGCUGCUACUUUACUUCGUCAUUUUCGUUGGAAUAAAGAAAGACUUAUAGAACGUUAUAUGGAGGAAGAGAAAGCUGUGCUGAAAUCAGCAGGAGUCAUUACUGAUAUCAACAAGGCACCAAAAUUCAUGAGAUCACGUAGUUUUACUUGUGAUGUUUGUUGUAAUGAUGAUGAUCUAAACACUAUAGCUCUAUCAUGCGAUCACAGAUUCUGUAAAGAUUGUUAUGAACAUUAUUUGACACAAAAAAUCAAAGAAGAAGGUGAAAGUCGUAGAAUAUCAUGUAUGGCAAAUAAAUGUAAUGUAAUUGUAGAUGAAACGACUGUUGCAAAGUUGGUUAGUAAAGAUGUAUAUGAAAGUGAAAGUUUACGUUGGUGCCCAGCACCAAGCUGUGAAUAUGCGGUUGAAUGCCACGUUCCACAAACAUCACUUACUAGCAUUGUUCCUACAGUAGAAUGUGCAUGUUGUAAUCGUUUUUGUUUUGGUUGUGGCUUACCAGACCAUCAACCAUCUAUUUGCAUGCUUGUUAAAAAAUGGAUUAAAAAAUGCGAGGAUGAUUCAGAGACAGCAAAUUGGAUUUCUGCUCAUACAAAAGAAUGUGGAAAAUGCCAGUCAACAAUUGAAAAGAAUGGUGGUUGUAAUCAUAUGACUUGUCGUAAAUGCAAAUAUGAAUUCUGUUGGGUUUGUAUGGGUCCUUGGUCAGAGCAUGGAACUAGUUGGUAUAAUUGUAAUCGUUAUGAUGAAAAAAAUAGUGUUGAUGCAAGGGAUUCACAAGCUAAAUCUCGUUCAUCUCUUGAGAGGUAUCUUCAUUAUUAUAACCGUUUUGCUAAUCAUGAGCAAUCUGCUAAACUUGAUCGUGAACUAUAUAACAAGACUGAAAAGAAAAUGGAAGAAAUGCAACAAACUUCUGAUUUAUCUUGGAUUGAAGUACAAUUUUUGAAGAAAGCUGUUGAUAUUCUUGUCCAAUGUCGUAUGACUCUUAAAUGGACAUAUGCUUUUGCGUUUUAUCUAAUACGUAAUAAUGAAACAGAAAUUUUUGAGGAUAAUCAACGCGAUCUUGAAGUAGCAGUUGAACAGCUUUCAGAAUUAUUAGAGAAACCUAUUGAACCUGACAAGAUUGGUGAAUUAAAACAACAAGUACUAAAUAAAACAGUAUAUGUUGGAAGUCGAAGGGAGGUGUUGUUGGCGGAUACCGCUCAGGGAUUAUUAGAUAGUCGAUGGGAAUUUCAGGUAGACAUUCAAAAUUGA